AAUUCAAUUGUUAAACACACUUUCAUUGUGGGUAGCCCUUGUGCGUCAUGAGCGACUUUAUUUUGAAAACUGUGGUUAACCGGAAGACGCUUCAGUCAUCCCGAGAGCGAGGACACACCAGCUAAGCCUGCAAGUUGAUGUGUUAAUAAAUACAGAGAAGGGAGGAUGAGCAGCUCAGAGGAGGUGUCCUGGAUAUCCUGGUUUUGUGGACUCAGAGGGAAUGAGUUCUUCUGUGAGGUUGAUGAAGACUACAUACAGGACAAAUUUAACCUGACGGGUUUGAAUGAGCAGGUGCCUCACUAUCGUCAGGCUUUGGAUAUGAUUCUUGACCUGGAGCCAGAUGAGGAACUUGAAGAUAACCCCAAUCAAAGUGACUUGAUAGAGCAGGCGGCAGAGAUGCUCUACGGGCUCAUACAUGCACGUUACAUCCUCACAAACAGAGGCAUUGCACAGAUGUUGGAAAAGUAUCAACAAGGAGAUUUUGGAUAUUGCCCCAGAGUCUAUUGUGAGAAUCAGCCAAUGCUUCCUAUCGGUUUGUCAGAUAUCCCCGGAGAAGCGAUGGUGAAGCUUUAUUGUCCAAAGUGCAUGGAUGUUUACACCCCCAAAUCCUCCAGACACCACCACACAGAUGGAGCCUAUUUUGGGACAGGGUUCCCCCACAUGCUGUUCAUGGUGCACCCAGAGUAUCGUCCAAAACGACCUGCCAACCAGUUUGUGCCAAGGUUAUAUGGUUUUAAAAUUCACCCAAUGGCUUAUCAACUCCAACUUCAGGCUGCAUCCAGUUUCAAGAGCCCGGCCAAGACAAUCCGUUAAAACUCUGCUUCGAUAACCACAGUGGACUCAAAAGACUUUGUUGUUUACUGCUUGUUUGAAGCAAUGGAUUAUAUAUUCCCAGUGAAUGCCUGUACAGUUCCCCAAACUCACCUCUGUGUUGGUAGACCGUUUCAGAUUCAGACCUUUUCAUUUUUCUGUACCAAACACGUAAUUAUUCCCAAAGGGUCAGUCUCCUCAUACAGUGUUAACCUUUAAUCGAUGUCAAUCCAUUUUUUUUUUCAAAACAGAUAAGUGGCUUUAACUCUGUGAUAACGAAGGCUACAGUGUGGCUUUUUGGCACAACUGCAGGUGAUUGAAUGUAACAGGAAAUUUUGCCACCAGCCCCCGACAGAUUUGCCUUAUCCAUAAUACACUCGGUCAAUACUUUAACAUUAAAUUGCAUCAAUUCAUAUUAACUUGUGCUGAUUUUUGGAAUGUGCAUAAGAAUUUAUUCUGUUAAGGUGAAGGAUUUUAUUUGAUAACAGCAAUAUGUAGUAAAUGUGGUCAGGUGCUAUUUCCGACAAUGAACACCAAAUUAGAGAAAGUGAGAACUUGUUAAAAAUGGGCCUAUGCUUGAUUUCAGUUUUAUUAUUAUGCUCUUCACUCUCCUUCAAAUUCAGUGGCUAUGUAUGUACUUGAUCGUUUUGGCUAAUGUAACAUUACGUUCCUGAUAAUUCGCAGUUUCAUUCUGUUUACAUUAUGGUAUUACAAUCUAAACAGACGUAACUUCCUUCCCAAGUGAAUGGCAUUAAAUAUUUAUUUCUUA